AAUAAGUGUUUUAAACACUUGGUUUUUUUUUGGAGAACUUUGAAUUUUUUCGGUCGGGUUUCGCAUCGGUUGGCUAGGCCGUGGUUAAGGCAAAAACCAUGGGUUCUUGACUAACCACCCACCCAGCGAUGGGAAGAUCUUCCCAUCGAUGGGUAAGCGGCCCCUCAGCCAAACCAGUUUCCAGAACCAUGCCAAACAGCGAUGGGGAGUUCCACCCAUCGUUGUUAAAGCCUUGGUGCAAUAUUAACACAAGCGAGAACGACCUUGCCCAGCGAUGGGAAACCUAUCCCAUCGAUGGGAACCCAGCGAUGGUGACCGUUGACUUCAAAACUGAAGGAAAAUUGGCUUACCAGCGAUGGUUGAGUCUAAACAUCGAUGGGAAGCCAAUAUUCUGCAGAUCCCAAAUCUUUUCAAUCCCAUAAAUCAAGCCAAUCACCCCUUUAAUGCAUUGGUCCGUUGGAGCCUUCUUUGGCACUAUAAAAAGGGGUGUUUGGGUCUGCUUUUCUCACCAAUUCACUUCACAACAUCUAUACUUUCAUUGCAUUCAAAUAUCAUCAUUUUCCAUAGCUUUCUAGAGCCAUUUGUGUGUGAAGGUUGAGUUGUUCUUGAGCGUACUUAGUUUACUCAUAAUCUACUCUAUAAGAGAGUCUCGUUCUUGAGUGUACUUGUGUUCUUAGACACGUUGAGAGAUAGUAUCUCUCUCG